AUGGGCGAAGCAGACCAGACGGACGGCCUUAUUACCAACAAGCAGCCAGAAUGGGAGAGAAGAGCGCUGGUCGGGGACGAGGAUUGGCAUCUAUUGGGCCAGGAGAAGAGGAGGGGCAAGAGGAGGCCGUACCGCAGCAGGACCAGACUCUACCACACACACACAUUCCCGUCCUCUCUCCUCUCCCCUCUAACCUUCACUCACCUCAGAAGGGGCGGCGGCGCUGGGUACGCCACAAUGUACCUCUCAGGUGGUGAAGUGAUGGAAGUGGACAUGGCCGUGGAUACAGCGGAAGCAGUGGACGAGCGCCAGGAACGAGGAGCAAGGAGCAUGGCCCGUGGCCUUCGUCCUUGGCUAUGGGCGAGCGAUGGUCGGCCUCCCGAGCGAUGGACGUGUCCGUAA